AUGGUGCGAAAUCACUUGAAGCACAAGGUGGCUGGCUGCUUCGCAGCUGCCGCACUCACGUGGGCACUUUGGAAACCUAUCGCCUUCGCAGCACCCAGAAGUGAUUUAGAGACUUUGAAGAGAGAAGAAGUGAGAGAUGAAGAUGAUGCGUCCGAAAGGGACUUCAGCAAAAUGAAGGGCAUCGGCAUGCUUCACGAAGUGAUUGGUGAGUAUGCUCUUCCAAAGCCCAUUGUGCUAUCUCCACACGGGGAGGCGCGAGUGCGAGAAGAUCUCGGAGUCAAUGUCACCCUCGUUGGGGAGGAUGCCUUCAGGGUCGCUCCGCAACAUUGGUCAAAGUAUCGGCCCUUUGGUCCUGUAGAAGAAAUGUAUUUGCGUGACAUGCAUGGGCAAACGGUGAGCCCCGCUGACAAUCCCGGGGUUCGCGUCGAGCCCGAUUUGGUGUCCCCAGACGAAGAGGAGCAGAUUAUGCAAGAGCUUGUGGAGAUGCCUGGCAUUGAUCGGGUGAUGAUGGCCUCCAACUUUGGCUAUGACUUUGCAGCCGAAGAUGGCGCCGCCGCCCAGUCGUGGCGUAUGACUGGACGAGAUGAAGGAAAGGCCGGCUUGCCGUUGGCGCCAUGGGGCUGGGGCAAGGACUUUGACGAAGGAGUGGUGAAGAAGCUGAAGUCCUUGGCUGGAUAUCCACUUGGGCCCCUUCGUGACGAUGGGCCAAACAGCUUUGUUCUAUCUUUGCUCAGCAGUGCUGUGGUCACCUUUUCGCCCAUUGCGAGCUUGAGACAUGACGCCGAACGUUGCAAUGAUGAUGAGUGGCUUAGCCGAAGUGUCGCCGAGCGCCCUUACCUGUUUGGCUUAGCCGAAGGGGUGCACCACCUGCCUAGGCAGUACGCACAGCAUUCCUACACUGAUGAUGACAUUGACUGUUUGGUGCCGCGCCGUGCAGUCUAUCAUUUUGGAGGCAACGCGCGAUACCUUUGGACUCAUGCUGUCCGUGGGACAUGGUUUCUCUUGACUUGGUGCAAGCAGCGCAAAUUGGCACAGCGGGAGAACGCCAUCGCGAAGAUCUUUGCAGAGGUGAAAGCUCUGAACAAAGCCAUCACCAUGGUGGUCUCAGACGCCAGUUCUUCCAGCUUCAGUCGCCGCAACCUCUCCAAGUACUUGCUUCAAAGGGGCUUGUCUCCGAGCGAGAACUUGCUGCAAGAUGCCCAAGCGCUUCUGAGCCUGCUGCAAGAUGAUGCCAAACACAAGGACGUCUCCAACGGCUCAAGCUCUCCUGGGCCUCGAGCAAUGGCUCACGCAUUGAAACCAGCUGUCAUUGACCCUCAGAGACUGCAGGAUCUUUUUCCAGAGAUCAAAGCGAGCUAUGUGCAGCAACCUUUGGAUUACGGGCGCAACUCAAGGUAUGGAGACAACUGGCGCAUCUCUUGCUAUAUGGUGGUGAUGGAGAACUGGAAGCCUAAGAUCAUGCCACAUGAGCCGAUGCUCAAGUGUUUGGGCGACAUCAUGCAUGAAUGUGAUGGAGCCAACGUGGAUGGUUCGGCGAUCUUGGCGCUUCCCACCGAUGAGCCCUUCGAAGGAGGAGCUUUGCAUGUUUGGGAUGGAAAGCCCAAGCAGGAGCUGGUUUACAAAAUGGCGCCCGGUGAUUGCAUGUUUAUGGAUACCAAGAUCUGGCAUCAGGCGAAGCCCAUUACUUCAGGCACUCGCUGGGCCCUGGUGCUUUUCCUAAAAUCGGAGAAGCCCACAUCUGCAGACUGA